UCAGGAAGAAAGCCCUUGGUACAAGGCAAGACAACUCAAACUUGAAGACAUGAAAUCUCCAAGGAAAACCACUUUGUGCUUCUUGAUUAUUGUGACUUAUUCUUCCCAAGCUACCCUGAACUUGAAUUUAAAGUCUAUUGUCUAUCCUGCGCUUCUCCGUGAGCAGGAACUAGCAGGGGAAGACCCAGCGAGGCAAAAACGAGCCGUUGCCAUGCAUCCUCCUCCAGCUCCAGAGUUCACGGUCGAUAUUGAGGUCAGUUUUGAAAAUGCCUCCUUCCUGGAGCCUAUCAGAGCUUACCUGAACAGCCUCCGUUUUCCAGUUCAAGGAAAUGACACUGACCCAGCCACCAGGAUUUUGAAUAUUGAGGUGACAACAGUCUGCAGACCGACUAGAAAUGAAAUCUGGUGCUCCUGCGAGACAGGCUAUAGGUGGCCUCAGGAACGGUGCCUCCCCCAUCUCACUUGUCAAGAGCAUGAUGGCUCCCAUGCCGGAAGUCCUUGCAGUUGCCUUAAGGGACUGCCUCCCGAGGGACCUUUCUGCCAGCUCCAAGGAGGUGCUGUUACCCUGAGAAUGUCAGUCAGACUCAAUGUGGGCUUUCAAGAAGACCUCAGGAACUCUUCCUCUGCCCUUUAUCGGUCCUACAAGACGGACUUGGAAACAGCGUUCUGGAAGGGUUACAGUAUUUUACCAGGCUUCAAAUUGGUGACUGUGACAGGGUUCAGGCCCGGAAGUGUGGUUGUGGCUUAUGAAGUCACGUCGACAGCAGCGCCACUGGAAUUAAUGCGUAAAGCGAAUGAGCAAGUAACCCAGAGCCUCAACCAGACCUACAAGCUGGACAGCAGUUCCUUCCACAUUACUUACAGUAAUGAAACCAAGUUCUCCAUCUCACCAGAAAUCAUCUUUGAAGGGGAUACAGUAACUCUGAUGUGUGAAAUCGAAGUCCCGUCCUCCAACGUGUCCUGGCACCAUGUUGAAAGGGGCUUCGAGGUCCAGAACAGCAGCAGAUUCUCCAUCUACACAGUCAUGCUCAACAUGACCUCCGUGUCACGCUUCACCAUUUACAACAUCACUCAGGAGGAUGCUGGUGACUAUAUCUGCAGACUGACAAUAGAUGUUUUUGCAUAUUGGUCCACAAAAAAAGUAGUCGUUACACCCAUCCGGAUUUUGGCACAAGAAAACAUGAAGGUGAUGUGCGACAACAAUCCCGUGUUUCUGAACUGCUGCAGUGAGAUUACCGCGAAUUGGAGUAAAAUUGAAUGGAAGCAAGAGGGGAGUAUAAGCAUUCCAGGAAUCUCUGAAACAGAUACAGAAUCUGGUUGUAGCAGAUACACCCUCAUGGCUGAUGGAACUCAGUGUCCAAGUGGGUCGUCUGGAACGACAGUGGCCUACACGUGUGAGUUCUUCAGCGCCCACGGAGCCAGAGGCAGUAAGGACAUAAAAGUGACAUUCAUCUCUGUGGCCAAACUAACAAUAACCCCGGACCCAAUUUCUGUUUCUGAGGGACAAAACUUUUCUAUAAAAUGCAUCAGUGAUGUGAGUAACUAUGAUGAGAUGUACUGGAACACUUCUGCUGGAAUUAGAAUAUACAAGAGGUUUUAUACCACGAGGAGGUAUCCUAACAGAGCAGAGUCGGUGCUGACCGUCCAGACCUCGACCAGGGAGUGGAACGGAACCUAUCACUGCAUAUUCCGAUAUAAGAAUUCAUACAGUGUCAUGGCCAAAGAUGUCACCGUCCACCCGCUGCCCCUAGAGCCUGACAUCAUGGUUGACCCUUUGGAAGCUGCAAUUCCGUGCACCAGCUCCCAUCACAUCAAGUGCUGCAUCGAGGAGAACGAAGACUACAUCAUUUUCCAGACGGGGUCCCUGUCCUUUCCUGCCGUGAAAGAAGUUAUUGGGAAGCAAGUGUGCUACAGACACAAUUUCAAGGCGAACUCAGUUUCCUGUCCAGAAAACGUGGACGUGUUCUGUCACUUUAUCAAUGCCGCUAACACUUCAGUCCGGAGCCCACCUAUGAAGCUGAAGCUGGUCCCUGAGGAGAACAUGACAUGCCACGAUCCUAUCAUAGGUGUCGGGGAGCCUGGGAAAGUCAUCCAGAAGCUUUGCCGGUUCUCCAACAUCCGCAGAAUCCCCGGGAGCCCCAUUGGCGGGACCGUAACGUACAGAUGCGUGGGCUCCCAGUGGAAGGUCAAGAGAAAUGACUGUAUCUCUGCUCCGAUAAACAUUCUGCUCCAGCUGGCCGAGGCUUUGAUCAAGAGUCCCUCUCAGGAUGAGAAGCUCCCUUCGUACCUAAAGAAUCUUUCCAUUAGCACGGACAAGGCGAAACUUGAAGUCUACGCAUUUCCGGGGAGCCUGGGAGCCAUCAUUAACAUCCUUGACUUGCUCUCAACCGUUCCAACCCAAGUGAAUUCAGAAAUGAUGAUGCACUUUCUCUCCACGGUCAACGUCAUCCUCAGCAAGACCAUCCUGAACUCCUGGAAGAUGUCACAAGAGCAAAAGACAAAUCAGAGCUCACAGCUUCUGGAUUCCGUGGAACGGUUCUCCCGAGCCUUUCGCUCAGAAGAUAGCAUCAUCUCCCAGCCUAACGUGCAGAUGAAGAGCAUGGUCAUCAGAUCGGGCCUCCCCACGUCCUACAAGCAGGGCUUUGUCUUCUUAGACUCUGACCUUUGGGGCAAUGUGAGCAUUGAUGAGAACGAGCUGAAAUACUUGCAGCCUGAGUCCUUUAUCGUCACCGUGGCUUUCCCGACCCUCCAGAGCAUCCUUGACCAAGAUGUCCAGGGAAAGAAUUUUGCCAACAGCUUAGUGAUGACCACCACUGUCAGCCACAAGAUCACCACGCCGUUCAGGAUCUCGAUGACUUUCAAGAACAACGACCCUUCGGGCAGGGUCCCGCUGUGCGUCUUCUGGAACUUCAACCUCAACAACCACACGGGGGGCUGGGACAGCAGCGGGUGCUAUGUGAAAGAGGUCACCGAGGACAGCAUGUCCUGCAGCUGUGACCACCUGACCUCAUUCUCUAUCCUCAUGUCCCCCGACUCCCCGGACCCUGGCUCUCUGCUGAAAAUCCUCCUGGAUAUCAUCUCCUACAUUGGGUUGUGUUUUUCCAUCCUGAGCUUAGCGGCCUGCCUCGCAGUGGAAGCCGUGGUGUGGAAAUCGGUGACCAAGAACCGGACUUCCUCCAUGCGUCACAUCUGCAUCGUCAACAUCGCCGCCUCCCUCCUGGUCGCCGACAUCUGGUUCAUGGUGGCCGCCGCCGUCCACGACCACCACUUCCCGCUCAACGAGACGGCCUGUGUGGCCGCCACCUUCUUCGUCCACUUCUUCUACCUCAGCGUCUUCUUCUGGAUGCUGACGCUGGGCCUCAUGCUGUUCUACCGCCUGGUUUUCAUCCUGCACGACACCAGCAAGUCCGUCCAGAAGGCCAUCGCCUUUUCUCUCGGCUACGGCUGCCCGCUGGUCAUCUCCACCAUCACGGUGGGGGCCACCCAGCCCCGGGAGGUCUACACCAGGAAGAAUGCCUGUUGGCUCAACUGGGAGGACACCAAGGCCCUGCUGGCCUUCGUCAUCCCAGCGCUGAUCAUCGUGGUGGUGAAUAUGACCAUCACGGUCGUGGUCAUCGCCAAGAUCCUGAGACCGUCCAUCGGGGACAAGCCCAGCAAGCAGGAGAAGAGCAGCCUGUUCCAGAUCAGCAAGAGCAUUGGGGUCCUCACGCCGCUCUUGGGGCUCACCUGGGGGUUCGGGCUGGCCACCGUGUUCGAGGGGAGCAAUGCCGUGUUCCACAUUGUAUUCACCCUCCUCAAUGCCUUCCAGGGAUUAUUCAUUUUACUCUUUGGAUGCCUCUGGGAUCAGAAGGUACAGGGAGCCUUGCUGAAUAAGUUUUCACUGUCAAGAUGGUCUUCACAGCACUCAAAGUCAACCUCUCUAGCUUCAUCCACGCCUGUAUUUUCCAUGAGUUCUCCCAUAUCAAGAAGAUUUAACAAUCUGUUUGGCAAAACAGGGACAUACAACGUUUCCACCCCAGAAACCACCAGCUCAUCCCUGGAAAAUACAUCCAGUGCCUAUUCGUUGCUCAACUAAGAACGGGAAAAUCCAGCCCCAGGGACCUCUUGGGGGACAGUGGAUGUGCUUCGAAAAAGAGGUCCUUUCCAAGCCAUGGGUAAAAUGUUUCCUCCACCGGCUUCUGGGAGCAGAUGCUGAAGAGACUUUUUCAUUAGGGAAGGCACUUUCUUUUGUAAAGACAGACGAAAAGGAAUUGUUACAUUUAUUUUGCUGUCACAUCCCCACCCCCUGUGAGAUGCCAAAUGUGUAUAGUAUUUAAGUGAAACUCACACCGACUUCUCUGUCUAUAUUGUAAAAUAGGAUCUCAGAGACAUUUUUACUUUUCACACCUUGGGCCCACAGAUAGGCUUUGAUUAAAAUAAUAAACAAAAUACUAAUACCUAGGAAAUACUUCAGUAAAUUCUGGGAAGGGAGGGAGGGAGACAGAGAAAAACAACAUAAAGACCACAUGUUAAGAUGUCUACAUUAAAGAUUGAAUAUAAUUACUACUCAGAUGCUGCAACGUUGAGAAUUCAGAAAUGGCUCCAGGGGAUCCCGUUGUGGCUCAGUGGAAACAAACCCAACGAGUACCCAUGAGGAUGCCGGUUUGAUUCCUGACCUCACUUAGUGGAUUAAGGAUCCAGGGUUGCUGUGAGCUGUGGUGUAGAUCGCAGAUUCUGCUGGGAUCCAGAGUUGCUGUGGCUGUGGCGUAGGCUGGCAGCUAUAGCUCCAGUUGAAGCCCUAGCCCGGGAACUUCCAUAUGCCAAGGAUGUGUCCCUAAACAAACAAACAAACAAAAAGGUUCCAUUUUGGAGAAAGUUAACUAUAAGGGUUCAGUGUCUUCCUGGUAUUUUCUUAGGUAAGAAAGACUAAAAACAGGUAGUGAAAAAAAGUAGGGAGGAAAUGAUGUCAGGAUGCUUUCACGUGGACCAUACUAUUGACAAAAAAUUCAUGGAAGCGCACAUGAUCCCCGCGAUGCUAAUCACAUACCAUAUCUACUGCUGUAUGUUAAGUUCUGUGGGAUGGGUGCGGAAUGAAUAUGCAGAAUAAGUGUGAUAACCGUGCUUUAAUAGAUCGAAGCAGACCAACAGCUGAUAACCUUCUAUAGUUUAGAACGAAAGCCUUAUGUUUCAUUUUGUUCCCCUUUUUGGAAAGCAAAAAUAGUUUUUUUUUAUCUCCAUUCAUUUCCAAACGUCAUGUGUUGCACGGAAAGCAAUGACCCCCCUCCCCCGCCCGCCCGCCCCAACGGUCACAUAUUGUAUUUAACAGCUUUAACCAGGUACUUUUCUGUGCAGGAUAGAAUGGAUUUUUAACGAUCUUGCGGCAUUGUAUAUUAUUAUUGUGGCGAUUGCUGUGGACGUGAGGCCCUCGGUGUGUUGUAUAGCUCUCUAUGUAUCAGUUCUUUCCGUUCUUAAGUUCCCAGACCAAUAUACAUUAAGAAUGUUC